GGCGCCAUAUUGGCGUCGGCCGUGCUGUAUUGUCAUAAAUAGAGCCGGUUUUGUGGUGUUUUCAGUACUCGGUUGGAUGCCUCGGGUGUAGUGAGAAAGUGAGCGAGUAAGCGAGCUACAGGCAAACGGAGUAUAGUGGACAGGAGAAGGGAGGAGCAAGGACAGGACUCCAGCGGGAAAGAUACUCGCCGGAGGGAGAGACGCAGGAAGCGAUGAAAGAGAUGUCUGCAAACACGGUGCUGGACAGCCAGCGUCAACAAAAGCAUUAUGGAAUCACCUCUCCAAUUAGUUUGGCAUGUCCUAAAGAUAUUGAUCAUAUUUACACACAGAAAUUAAUUGAUGCUAUGAAACCAUUUGGAGUUUUUGAAGAUGAAGAAGAAUUGAAUCACAGGCUGGUUGUUCUUGGUAAAUUGAACAAUUUAGUGAAAGAAUGGAUUUGCAAUGUCAGUGAAAGUAAGAAUCUCCCACCUUCUGUUGUGGCUACUGUUGGUGGUAAAAUUUUCACAUUUGGAUCCUAUAGGCUUGGAGUACAUACCAAAGGAGCUGACAUUGAUGCCCUUUGUGUAGCCCCAAGACAUGUAGAGAGAUCUGAUUUUUUUCAGUCUUUCUUUGAAAAAUUGAAACAUCAGGAUGGCAUUAGAAAUUUAAGGGCUGUAGAAGAUGCCUUUGUACCAGUUAUAAAAUUUGAAUUUGAUGGUAUUGAGAUUGAUUUAGUCUUUGCAAGACUGGCAAUACAAUCCAUAUCAGAUAAUUUAGAUCUAAGAGACGACUCUCGCCUGAGAAGCCUUGAUAUAAGGUGUAUUCGCAGCUUAAAUGGAUGUAGAGUUACUGAUGAAAUUUUGCAUUUAGUGCCAAAUAAAGAAACUUUUAGACUCACCCUGAGAGCAGUCAAAUUAUGGGCGAAACGGCGUGGUAUUUAUUCCAAUAUGCUGGGAUUUCUUGGUGGUGUCUCCUGGGCAAUGCUAGUGGCAAGAACUUGUCAAUUAUAUCCAAAUGCAGCAGCUUCUACUUUGGUUCAUAAGUUCUUUUUAGUUUUUUCUAAGUGGGAAUGGCCAAAUCCUGUGCUGCUGAAGCAACCAGAAGAAAGCAAUUUGAAUUUGCCUGUCUGGGAUCCUCGGGUAAAUCCAUCAGAUAGGUAUCAUCUCAUGCCCAUAAUCACCCCUGCCUACCCACAACAGAAUUCUACGUAUAAUGUGUCCACAUCAACUCGAACAGUAAUGGUAGAAGAAUUUAAACAAGGUUUCACAGUCACAGACGAAAUUCUUCAAGGGAAAUCAGAUUGGUCCAAACUACUUGAGCCACCAAAUUUUUUUCAAAAGUAUAGACAUUAUAUAGUAUUGACUGCCAGUGCCUCGACAGAAGAAAACCAUCUGGAGUGGGUUGGAUUAGUAGAAUCUAAAAUCCGUGUACUUGUUGGAAACUUAGAACGGAAUGAAUUUAUUACUCUUGCCCAUGUAAAUCCCCAGUCAUUCCCAGGGAAUAAGGAGCACCAUAAAGACAACAAUUAUGUAUCCAUGUGGUUCCUUGGAAUAAUUUUUCGGAGAGUAGAAAAUGCAGAAAGUGUUAACAUAGACUUGACAUAUGAUAUACAGUCAUUUACUGAUACAGUGUACAGACAGGCAAACAAUAUAAACAUGCUAAAGGAGGGAAUGAAAAUUGAAGCAACUCAUGUGAAGAAAAAACAGCUUCAUCACUACCUUCCAGCAGAGAUUCUUCAAAAAAAGAAAAAGCAAAGUCUUUCUGAUGUCAGUCGAAGUUUGGGUGGACUUCAAUCCAAAAGAUCAUCUCUGGAUAGCAAUUGUUUGGAUAGCUCCAGAGACACUGAUAAUGGAACACCUUUUAACUCCCCAGUGUCUACGAACAAACCUUCCAAGCCCGAUAGUCCUCCUGUGGGAGAAACAGAAAGGAACAGUGAGGAACGUACUGCUGUAAUUGUGGAGAAGCCAUUGAGUAUUCCACCAGCUCAAGGACUGUCUAUUCCAGUCAUUGGUGCAAAAGUUGACUCUACAGUAAAAGCUGUAUCACCUCCAGCUGUGUGCACCAUUCCCACUGUAGUAGGACGAAAUGUCAUUCCUAGAAUCACAACACCCCACAACCCCGCCCAGGGGCAACCACACCUAAAUGGAAUGUCAAAUAUAACUAAGAAUGUUACACCCAAGAGAUCCCAUUCCCCAUCCAUAGAUGGGUCUUCUAAGAGGUUGAAAGACAUAGAAAAGUUUAUUCGGCUUGAAUCAACAUUUAAGGAUCCACGUGCUGCUGAAGACAGAAAGAGAAAAUCAGUGGAUUCCAUUGGAGGAGAAUCUAUGCCUAUUCCUACUAUUGACACAUCACGCAAAAAGAGACUACCCAGUAAAGAACUACCAGAUUCAUCACCUCCAGUUCCAGCAAAUAACAUCCGUGUCAUAAAAAAUUCCAUUCGACUGACCCUUAAUCGGUAAAAGCAGUGCCUCCUCACUUAAGUGAAUAUGCAAUCAUUUAGUAGUAUAGAAGCAGCUACUCUUUUUUAAAAUAGAAGUGGCUGUCAUACAUAAAAUAGAGUGAAAGUUACACAUCGGCCUCACAACCUUGAAGUGAAUUUGAACUCUAACACUUUAACCUGCAGAUGAUGUAGCAUUCUCUCAUUGAUUGCUACAUACAGUUCUCUGAGGAUCACCUGCUGUCAAAUUGUCAUCCACAGUAUUAUGGCUUUGUGUUUGGAGGUUUUACUGCCUUAACUUUUGAUGCUUGUUUCUCUGUUAUGGGAACCAGUUCUUGGCCAAAUUGGACACUGAUAAAAACUAGUCCUGAACUCACACUCACUCACUCUCUCUCUCUCUCUCUCUCUCUCUCUCUCUCUUUUUUUUUUUUUUUAAGUUUUAUGUUGUAAUCAUUGUAUACAGCUGAAAAAGUUGAAACAAACAAAAAAAAUUGUCUUGCAAUUUUCCAGAUGUUAACACAUUUACUUUAGCAUUGAAGCCACUUUGUGAAACCUGAGAUAAAUGAUUGUGAGGUAUCUUUUCUGCCUUCCUCAUUUGUGUAGAUGUACUUACUAUCUGUUCUGUUGAUAUAAAUUAUUUUUUUCUGGAUUGGCACAUGGAAUAUUUAAACUUUUAUUUUUUUUUUGUGCCUUUCUGCCAAUGUUGCAUAGUUACCAGGGAGGAUUAGUCCGGUGAUUACAUACAAGAGUUGGGCACCAUGAAUUCCCUAUAUUUUGCCUCCUAUGGAGGCCUUUGAAAUGCAUCUUUAUUAAAAAAUCAAAAUAUAACCAGGAUACUGAAAGUCAGUAAAUGAAUGGUGAAAUUGUUACAUAUCCCGUCUCAUGCCAUUCUUGUUAUUGUCUGGUAUUUUUUACUGAGGAGCAACUCAUUCCAGCAUCAACAAUAAGAUACCUUUAAGUAUAAGAAACUUGUAUUUUUGAGGUGUAAAAAUUAACCUGGCAUGAUAAUUCCUUACCAUUACUUACCUGACAAAUGCAAACAGUUUCUUUACAGGCUAGGCAUGCAGAAAUAAGCAGUGGGUUUUAUUGAAACCUAAAGGCAUUUUUGAAUGACAUUGUUACCAACCUUAAUUGGCUCAGGACCUUUGUAAUUUUUAUUUAACUGUAUAAGUUGUCUUUUUUUACACUGCUUUUUUCAAUGCAUUUCUUAAUAUUUUUUAAGUUUUAUGAAUGCAUGCUUAGUUUAUUAAAAUCCAUAACCAUGUAAUUCUUGUAAUAUGUUCGAUUCAGUGUUUUGUAAAUGAAGUCAUGUAUUUUCAGAGUAUUUUUGUAUGUACUGUAAGAUACCACCUUUUCAAAGAGAAAACUUUAAAACCUUUACUGUCUCUCUUUAGUCUAAUUUUUAAAAUAUGGAUUAUGCUUGAAUUAUUAUUCUUAACAUGGAAAUGUACAGAUUGCACAACCCAGAAUGCCAAGUGUAUAGUAUCUUUUCCAGCUUUCACUCAGCAUUUAGUAGGUCGUUGUAAAAACACAAAAUGAUACAUUGGAAUAGUUGGGGGGAAUACUUGGCUGUGUAUUUUAUAGGCCUCAGGGGACACCAUCUAGCUGGUGGAGGAGUAAUUGCAGUCCAUAUUCUUUUGCAAGCCCUUUGCCAUUGAGUUGAAAUACUUGAAUUCUGAUUGUCAGAGAACAGUAUUCUCCCUCUCCCACACCCCUAUUCCCUGACCCCUAUGUCCCUAACAUAGGGGGAAAAGCUAGUGUUUAACUUUUACAAAGGAAGACAUGAAAAACUUCUUAGACGUAAAGAAGGGCAGGGAAAAAUAAUGGUUGCUUCAUUAUUCACUUUUUACAUGGCAUAAGGCAAAAAAGAAAUCCUAUAACCAAGUUGUAUCCACCUUGGCAAAGCUGCUCUCUUAAGCUGAAACUUCUUUUAUUCAAAUAUUUUGCAAUUUGUUCUCCAAAUACUCUAUUUGAGCAAAAAUGAAUGAUGAUGAAUGGAAUGAAUAAAUAUUCCCUGACUUUAAAUUUUGAAAAAUUCUUUAUUAGUCUGGUUAAAUUUUAUAUAUCUGAUGUGUUUUCAUUCCUGUAUUUAAUAUUUACCUAAUAUCCCCUGCUUUUAAAGCAGUCUUCAAAGUCUCUUUAAGAAUCCCCUAUAGAUUCGUGUUUGCUCUAUUAUAUAAACAGAUUCUUUGGAGUGACUAUUGGAGGUGAAAAGAAACAAGCUUACCCCUUGUUUCUCUCCAUUUAAGGGUCCAUUUAACACGGGGUUAAGACAUGGUCAAUGGUUCAACGUUAGAAUCCUCAGAGGUGUCAUUUUUUAACCUGUUUGGUAACUGGGCAGUUGAUAAGAUGCUUUAUGAUGGUGGAUUGGUAAGAAAGGAAGUAUUUUCUAUCCUGAACAGUAUGUAGAACUUUCAUUACAUUUUGUUACCACAGUAGGAGACCUCCAUUGUACCAGCUCCAAGUAAGUAAAAGGGGACAAUUUGGUCUGGGAUUGUAUGUUAUGUUUAGAGGCACUAAGUACAUUUAUUUGUUUUCAAGUGUGAAGCUGUACCUAAAAAUAUUUUCUAUAAAGGCCAAUUACCUUUCUUCAAAAUGUAGAGGCACAUAUUCAUUUCCAUAAGGGUGUUAAAUUUUGUCUGCUCAUUUCUCAGUGACUAGCUCUGAAGAAUAGUGUGUUUCAGAGGAAAACAAGUAUCUGCCAGUUUAAACCUUAGAGACCCAAUUUAAGAUUAAAACCUUGUAAAAUUGGGGCAGGAGAAUGGAUUUAAAAGACUGUGUUGGUGCUUACAGUAACUUUGUCUUGUCAGCAAUUUAGUAACAUUAUUAAAAUGCUUAAUAGCAAUAAAGUGAAGAUGGGCAAUGUUGAUAUGGGCUAAAUUUAUUUUCCACUGUCCCACAGCUUUGAAAUAGGAAUUCCUAACUUGGGGAUCCUGGGCCCUUAGAGAAUCCUUUGCAAUUGUAUGUGAAAAGUUUUUGUAUAUAUGCAUUUUUCUGAGGGAAAAGUUCAUUGCUUUCAUCAGCUUCUCAAAGUAGUUCAUGACCCCAAAAAAAGGUUAGGAACCACAGCUUUCAGGAUUGAAUAAUAAUGGACUAAUGAGAAUUUCCUCUUUAUGAUUUUCUGAAGACAUACUGUGGCUCGUAACUAAUGAAAUGGACUGAUGGCAGGUUCUGGAACACUGAAUUUGUCUCCAAGGUUCUUUAAAAUCUAUACUUCAGGAGUGGAACUUCGUCAGAAUUUAGAAAAAUGCUUACUGUUGAAUUUAUAAAUGCUCUCAUGUUAACUUAGAUUCAUUAAAAGGGUCAAAUUUUAGUUCAGCAAAUUCAACCUGGGUAGAAUAGUUUAGAACAAUCAUUAGAAACAAUAGAAACUAGAAUUAAUCAUUAAAGAUUCUAAUUCUUUGAGGUCAGUAGUAUUAAAGAUCUCUUACUCCUCUAUGUUCAUGGUUCAGGCCAGAACAGAAUGAACAAACCAAUAGAUAGAAGAGCUUUGGUUUAAAAAGAAAAAAAAAAAAGAUGUUUGUAUCAAUAAAACUGUGUUUAAAUAAAUACCUAUUAAAUUUUCCAAAGCUUAGAAUUUAGGUCAUGAUGAUAAUAAUAAAAAAUAGUGCAGAUGAUGGAAGGAAACAUCUCGCUAUGGUAAUUAUUUCCUUAAGAUUUUAAAAAAAGAAUUGUACAAGGUCAGAUCUUUCCCAAAUUCUCUACUUUUUUUCUGAAAUAAUUUUUCUGGCAUAUUUAUAUUUAAAAUUAGUUGAACAUAAGAUUACCAUCAUGCUUGCCAUAAUUUUUAAGUUUUUGCUGCAUUUUAGCAAAGACCCACACAAUUACCUUAUGAAGUAUUUAGGAUAUCUUUGAGGUAAAUGGUGCUACAUUACUCCACAGUAUUAUGUAAAAUGAAUGCAGCUGCUAUUCCUUUCUAGAUAGUGUUUGUGUGGCUCAUAUUAAAUUUUCCUGUGUUUUAUUUGGAUUGUCUUAUUUCUUAGUUGUACACAUGGGCCUCAUUAUUUGUCUGGAAUAAUCAAAUAAACUUGCUUUGAUAAAUAG